ACGCCUGAUGAAGUAGGAGUUUGGGAACCACUAUGGAUGCCGUGCUUAUCAACGCUCAGCGUCACUGCUAAGGCCAUGGCCAGUUACUGAUCCAGUUAGAAGACCAUCUUGUCAAAGAACAGUUGAUACACAUAUGGGCGACAAUAAUCCUGCUACCAGAGGUUGAUAAUGGCUGCCAUUGAGCCCUUCUCUAGAGUAGGAGUGACGCUUGACCUGAUUCUGAAGACUUUGAUUGCAUCACCAGACUUCAAUAGUCAAAAUGUCAAAAACUGGGAAGCUAUUGCUCGGCUUAUACCAGGCACAAAUGCAAAUCAGUGUGCAAGAAGAUAUGAGGAACUAAUGGUAACAUUAGGCUUCCCACUCCAGCUGACAGGAAAAGGAUUUAUUGCCCCAGCUGUCAGCACCUUGACAAGUUUAUCGGGGUCAGAGAGCAACACACAAGUGUCAAGCAGCAGUGAUUCAAAUAAAAGUAAAGAAAUUAAAAGUCAGGAACAGCCUGGGGCACUGGGUGGUACAGGAGGUGCAGAUGGUGGUGAGCAAGGGCCAAUGAUGGUAAUCCACGUGUGUGAUGAAGCCAAAAACUUGAAAAAAGACUUCUACUGUCCACGAGACUUGCUCAUCAAGGAGAUGAAGUACUUUGCAGAGUACCUGUCCACUGACACACAGCGAUGUGAAGAAGUGGACAUCUCAGUCCACUGUGAUGUUCAGAUCUUUGAUUGGCUCAUCAAAUAUGUUAAACGUGGCACUAAGGAAGUUGUGGAGCCUCCAGUACUAGAAGCCAACAAUGUUGUCUCAAUACUCAUCUCUUCAGACUUUCUUAAGAUGGACACUUUGGUACAAGAAUGUGUGGAGUACUGCCACCACAAUAUGACUGCCAUAGUCAGCACUAACUGUAACAUGAAUUGCAUAAAUGAUCAUCUAAUUACAAGAAUCUCUGACUUGUUCUCGCACAGUGAAGCAGAUGACAUCAAGGAUCGAAAAGACAAGUUCAAGAGCAAAAUUUUUGCAAAAAAAUUGGAGUGUUUGUUUUCGCCCGACUACUCAUCACCUGAUUCACCAGAGAAUGCAUCCACCUUGUUCAGGUGCACAAUUUGCAAGCGGUUGCUUACUGUCAACUUGGAGAAGAAAGUGCGAUGCAUGCCAAGCAGAAUGACAAUUGACAGGUGGGGUAGGCUUACCUACAGUCAUGUCCGUGAUCCCACGUUUGAUGUCAAUAAUUACCUACUGGAACUCAAAGUACAACUGAAGCAAUGGCGAGAUGUUUACUGGCGGAUCUGGGGGACAAUCAAUGUCUUAACCUGCUCCCGCUGUGGUGAUGUGUUUCCUGUGACGGAAUUUGGUCAUUGUCGUUAUCACCCUGAGCCUCCUCAAUUUGACAACAAUUAGCCAGGAAGCCAGUCAUGUGUGGGGACUUACCCCUGCUGCCACCUGCGUGCUUUCCGUUUUGACCCAUUGUAUCUCAACAAGGGGUGUCAAGUGAAGGAUCAUAUUGUUAACAUCUCAAAUACACUGUCGGGUGGAGGUGAUAGGGGAUUGUACAAGACCUUGACGAUCAGAGUUUUAAAUGAUCUGUUAGUGCGACGGGAUUCCAUUUGUCUCCCCUUUCAACGACUUUCAGAUUUAAGUGACAUCUUACAAGAAGACGUAUGUGAAAUGGAAGUGAAUGUUUUUGGCAAUGAGAUUUUUGCCAGUCACACUCAGUCCAGUGGGACAGCUGUUCCAGCCCUCAUCAGCGUCAGUCAGGAAGACAAGAAAAUGCCAGAGGCAUUGCUUGGACGAGCACAACCCAUUCUGCAGUCUUUAACUGUAGAGCAUGAAGUGUCUGCUGAUGAUGACGAAUUUGGGGGAAGUGAUGAUGAGGUUGGUGAUGAUGAAUCUCAACAAUCUUCAGGUAAGAAGGCCAAAAGCAUUAGAAAGUCACAGCCUCAGGACUUACUUCAUGCUCCCAUAUUUGAACAAACAAAGAAAUGUACUUGGGAUGUGCAACGCUCUAUGAGAUACAAUCAGGAUGCUCAGCGACAGGAGGAUCAACGGCGUAUGAAAGAAAUUCGAAUGUACCUAGCAAAGCUACGCCUGAAUCCAGACAAAGUGGACAAACCCAAGAAAGAAUAUGCUGGUGGAAUCUACAGUAAGCUUGAGGCACAGUGGAGGGCAGCUCAGAUGGCCUUGUCCACCAAACAAGCAGCGAGUCAGUUCAGAGCCAAACCCAAACCACCAGUUUCUGUGCGUGGUUUACAGGCAUGAAGUUUGUUCUUUUGUCUGCAAGAGCUGAUUCUUGGCUUCUGUUACAUUCUUCUUUGCCGUGUGUCAAGGAUUUCUUUUGUCUGAAAUGAU